AUGGAGAAGAUGUCCGAUCUUCCCCGGGAAUUGGUAGAGGAAAUACUCUCAAGGGUUCCAGUGAAAUCGAUGAGAGAAGUCCGAGUGACUUGCAAAACGUGGAACGCUUUAUCAAAGCACAUUAGUAAAGCAGAAGCUGCAAGGGAAGGAGAGUUUCUUGGGAUCGCGAAGAAGAAGUUUUGCCGUAAUUCAUUCUUGUUGUUUUCUAUUCCUUGGCUGCGUGUUCUUAUUGUUGUUGAUUUCAGUAAUGCAAUGAAGGAUGCUAUGAAGGAUGCUAUGAAGGAGAUACGAUCGUCUUUUCAGGCUAUGAGGUUGAUUGUAGCUAAUUAUGAUAUUGCGACUCUAUCUGCAUUUGGAGAAGAGCAGCUUGCAGUUUUAUUUCAACCUUUUGAAGGCUAUGUGAUGGAGAUUUGGGUUACGACUAAGAUAGAGCCUAGUGCCGUGAGUUCUUAG